ACUCUGUGCAGCGGCCAUUCCACCAUCCAUCCAUCUUCAUCGUGAAACGAGCGGAAAUCCUAGUCGGGAAUCGGAGAGGAAUCGUGGACAGUAUAGGGAACCAAGCAUCCAGAAAAGAUUUACAAGUGAAAUCAAUGGCCAGUAUGGCCAAGCUACACAAGAUUAAUACUGCAAAUAUUAUGUAGCUCUUUAUGCCGAGCUGGAGCCAUGUAGAAAAUUUCCUCGAAGCCGAGGUCUAGUGUUAAAAAAUACUUAGGACGAGAAAAUUGAUUUUUCCAAAACGUUGUUAAUAGUUGUUGGACAACUAAAACCAUUGCAAAUAAACUCAAGCAAACGAACUUUGGUGAUAGAAAAUGAGUGAAGAAGAAGGCGAGAAAAUUGUAUUGGACUUGUCCCGCAAGCAACUGAAGAAAGUGCCAAAACAAGAAGAGGCUCAAAAUGUUCGUAUUCUUCUGUUGGAUGAAAAUGAGCUGCAGAAAAUUGAUAAUAUCGACUCAUAUCUUAAAAUAGAAAAGUUGUCCUUAAGUAAAAAUCAAUUGCUACGCAUGUAUGGCAUAUGUCGAUUGCAUUGUCUUCGAGAAUUGAACCUAUCAUAUAAUGGCAUUUUGUCCAUUGAGGGUCUAAAGGAAUGUGUGCAUUUACGUAUUCUAAAUUUAGAGGGAAACAACAUCAAAAAUAUUGAGCAUUUAAACACGAAUACGAAACUCGAGUAUUUGAACUUGGCUGAAAAUAGUAUUGGCAGUAUAUCGGAAAUAUCGUUUUUAAAAUGUCUAAAGGAACUCUAUCUGCAUGGAAAUCGUUUGACCCAUUUGAGACAGUGUGACAAAUAUUUGCCCCAGUCCUUGGAAAUUUUAACGUUGGCUAAGAAUAACAUAAGCGAUCUCAAUGAAAUAUGUACAUUGACCCAUCUAAAUAAUUUGAACAGUAUAACCAUAAGCGAAAACCCAUGUGUUUCAAUGACUGCUGGGACAGAUGGAUUUGAUCACAGACCUUUUGUCUUGAAUUGGUGUUUAACUCUAAAGGUAAUCGAUGGAUUUGUAGUAGAUCCUAUUGAAAGCUUAAAAGCUGAAUGGCUUUACAGCCAAGGCCGUGGCCGAAGUUUCCGUUUAGGUGAACAAGCUGCCCUUGCAAAAUACCUUAGUUCAGUAUGCCCUUUGAUAGGAAAAGCCUUGGAAAAUGAAAAUGAACGUAAACUGCGUUUGAUAUUAAGCAAGGCCCAACAUCACCAACGUCAGCUACAGGAAGAAAUCUCAGAAAAUUCAAAUGCCUCUGUCAACAACUCACCUUCUUCGGGGCGCAAAAAACCAGCAAGCCGAAUUCAGUCACCAAGAUUUUCUCGCUUAAGUGGUCGCCAGGGGUCACCAGAUUCCAUGGUUAAUAGCUAUCAUGGAAACACUACAAAUGAUCAAGUGGGAAAUGUGAAUCAUAUAGGACAAAUGACGACAUCUUUGAUAGAGAAUGUCAAAAAUUGUGAUACGAUAAUGAUGCAAAGCUUGGAUAGUAACACGUCUCCAGCUACAAAUAAUUCAAAUUCUAAAAUGAAUAACUCACAAGAAUCUACUCCUCGCACUAUAACACCAAAUCCAUACAACGAACAAUCAUUCAUUAACCAACCUCUUAGUGGAGGUCCUUUAGCUGCUGCAUCAAAAAUGGUACCUGUACCAGAAACUCUUAUGAGUCCCGAUGUCUGUCCCGCAGCUGUGGCUCAAAGGGUGACAGUGUCCGCCAUAAAUAGCCAGAUACAGCAAACAAAGACUAGCAAGAACAAAGAUAAUCGCCUAAAUUCUCCAAAAAUGCGAAGUCCUCAUUUAAAACGUAACACAACGGAACGUAGCCCCAUAAUGAGUCCCAGGAAAUCAAACAAUUCUAAUGCUCAGCAACAUCAUUCAAGUAUUAAAAUGGUUGCCAACCAACAACAUAUGGAACAGCAAAUAAAAUCAAGGCAAUUUGUUAGCAAUUCUGUCCAUGUAUCUGCACCAGAUGACUGUUCCGGAGGUGGCAGCUCUGACGAUGAUAGUGAUCACAUAAAUGUCGACAAACUGAAGACAAUACGCAAUAAAGCUGCUCAGAGAUGUCAGCAACUCAAGCAGAACAUGGACAAUUCGAAUAUGCUGAGCUGUAGUCAUGAUACUGAAUCGUCUGCCGUAGUAAUACAAAAAAUAUGGCGUGGUUAUCGCACUCGCAAAAAAACCAAGGAUAUUGCCGAAAAAUUGCUAAAACGACGAACACAUGAAUAUAUCGACAAAUUGACCAAGGACAUGGAGAUGACAAAGGCACAAUUGGAAAAUGAACGAAAAAUUCAACAAUUGCAAAUGCAGGCCAUUAACGCACUUUGGAAAAAAGUUUCCUCUAUGCAGAAUACAGCAACUAACAGCACCUCAAAUGCAGCCAGUGACACUCAAGGAGAUAGUGGACCGACAACAACAGUAUCCAGUACAGCCGCAGGUAUGGCACAAUCGAGCACUUUGAGUCUCGAUAAUAGUUCUACAACAGUGGUAAACGAUUUAGCUAAAACGUGUGGCAUGUUAACAAGUCAGGUGCAACAGUUGCAGGGUUCGAUGCGGGAUAUUCUCAAUUGUCUGACGCUGUUUUGUAACUUGCCACAGGAGAACGUUAAGCGUCUGCUUACUGCCGGCGUGGCCGAGGCCUUAUCGCAAACCCCCAACAGUGUAAAUACCACCAAUAGUGAUAAACGAGAUUCUGCCUCUACGCAGACAGAGAUUGUGGCGGUGCAUACACCUCAGAUGGAGAAUCAAACAAACUUUCCAUUUAAUAAAAUACGGCCAUCUACUCUAGCCUUGAUAGAAUCUCAGAAUCCAAAUACUCCAAAUAGCAGUAGUAGUGGUACAACCGCUAACACAACAUCAACGGCAGCUACCGAAAUGGACCAGCGCUUGGAAACACCCACGAACCAUAGACGAAUCAUGAUGCAAGAGGAAAGCGGUGUUGUCAGUGAUGAUGUGCGUUCAAACGAUUCGGUUUCGUUUAGCGAGAAACAAGAUGAUGACGAAAAACACAAUUUGCAUGCCACCUCUGUCGGCAGCAGUGGCUGAAUUGGAUACUCAGGGGAUGUGUGAGGAUAAUGAUUUAACUUUUUGAUUUCAUAAACGCAUUGCAUUUGGUCCCAAUCAUUUUUCUAGAAUGAUAUGCACAUGAUUCACCAUAAUGAAAAAGAAACGGCACAUUUUCCACUAUCCACUAUCGCUUUACAUAUAAAAUCAUGUAUCAGGUAUGCGAGAAUAUGCAAGAAAGCUGCAUCGAUUAUUUUUAAAUUAUUAGCUCCCCCUCUCCGUCUCCAUGUAAAGCACUCACAACAACACUGUCUCAGGCUCCUAGUCAUUUGUAUUUGUGUCUUUUUCACCAAAGGCUUAAAUAAGAUCUCAUAGUAUUUUUACACACACACACAUACACUUAUAUGUACUAACGUACAUACUUACUGAUUGAUUACAUUAGGCGUAACAUUAGUUGUAUAGCUUUUGCAUUUCUUAGCAAUGAAUGAAAUAAUAAAUAAAAUAAAGGUGAAGAUUGAUUGA